AUGGAUCAGAAUCAGGUCAACUCUCAAGACAACCAGCCAAAGCCCAACCCUCAGCCUCUCAAAUUGGACAGCAUCGAGUCAUACCAAAGGCACUGGGCUCAGUUGAUGGACGAUACAAACAGACAGCUUCAGCGCAUUCAAGAUGCAGAGCAAGCGAGAUUAGACAAAUUGUACGCAUCGCAAAACAAAAACUCCGAAUCCGAGUCCUCCAACCGAUGA